AAGAAGCAGUGUCUGUCUGGCAAAGCUCCUCGGACUGCAAUAGUUUUAAAUGGACAGCUCCAACAUUUGAGUUCAACUGUUUCAUGGAGAUGAUGACUUCUCUUCACCAUGUGAACCCCACAGUGAGAGGGCUUAGAGACUCUCCGCAAACUAUGCUUCAGAAUCUGGCUGAACGAAUCAGAAAAGAGAUUUCACUGGGGGCGCAGAAACCCUUCAAGAAGGUGAUUGAUGUUAGCUCAGGUGAUCCCCACAGAGUUGAUUUACAACGUGUUUCAUUUCUUCGACAGGUCUUGGCAGUGUGUAUAUACCCUCAGCUGCUGGAAGACAAAUGUUUUCCUCUGGAUGUCAAGAUAAGAGCUCAGAAACUCCUGGAGGCCUGUGACGGAGCAAGUGUGGGUUCAUACACUGCAUCCUCUGGUCUUCGUCAUGUGAGGCAAAGCAUCGCUGAGUUCAUCACAAAAAGAGAUGGAGUUCCUUCAUAUGCCCAAAACAUCUUUAUUUCUGCUGGCUCUCAAAGGGCUAUAAUGAUUGCUGUGAAACUGCUGGCCAGUGGUGAGGGGAAUACUCGGACAGGCGUGCUGAUACCUGGGCCCUGCCCACACAUGCUGUACAAUGUGCUGGAGGAGGCUGGGGUAGUCUUGGUACCGUACCAGCUGACAGAGGAGAGAGGGUGGGCUGUAGACCUGGAUAACAUGCAUCAAGCUUUAAAGGCUGCUCGGGGGUACUGUGAGCCCAGAGCCAUUUACAUCAGCAACCCGGGAAAUCCCACAGGCCAUGUGCAGGACAGGAAGUCAAUAGAGGAAGUGAUUCAGUUCGCAGCAGCUGAGAGAGUCCUACUGUUAGCUGAUGAGGUGUACCAGGACAGCGUGUAUGGGAAGGACAGAGAGUUUAUUUCCUAUAAGAAAGUCCUGUUUGAAAUGGAUAUAGAGCUUGCAGAAACAGUGCAGCUGAUCUCCUUCCACUCUUUAUCCAGUACCUGCAUUAGAGAGUGUGGUCUGAGGGCUGGAUACAUGGAGGUAGUUAAUAUGGAUCCAGAGGUGAUUUAUUAUUUUGAUAACACAUUGUGUGGUGAUAUCAGUACUCCAGUCACAGGACAGCUUGGUUUGGAUCUUAUGGUCAAUCCGCCACAGUCUGGAGACCCAUCGUAUCACACAUACAUGCAGGAGACCUUCUUCAUCCUGGCUACUCUGUCCCAUAAUGCUCAAUGGGUUCAGGAGCUCCUAAAUAAACUGCCAGGGGUAAGGUGUCAGCCAGUGCUUGGAGGAAUCUAUGUUUUUCCUCGCCUGCACUUACCAUGUGGGAUUAAGGAGCAGGCCAAGUUAUUGGGGCUGAAAGCUGAUGUUCUGUACUGUCAGAAAUUACUGGAAGAGGAGGGUGUAUUAGCUGGUGCAGGUGAACAUGGGGAAAUGACUGACAGCUUCCAUUUGAGAUUAUGCAUCCUUGUUCCUCAUUACACCCUGGUAGAGGUCCUAGCUCGCCUCACCUCCUUUCACUGCCGUCUCAUGGGUGGCACUGUGACCCCAACAGAAGUGUAAAGAAAGAGAAGCAAGAAGUCAGCUUAUAGUGCCCUGUGGAGGAGGGUGGCCUAAACUAAGUGUAAACUUGAGAUUGGUCAGAUUUAUGUGAAGUAUCUCAAGAGGAUAAUUCAAAUAACUGUCUGUAUAACUAAAAUAAUUUUUUUUUUAGAAAGAUUUCAGCGUCAUUCUGCAAUAGUAACAUCUGCUUUGCAACAGUUCCAACAGUAAAGAAUUUAGCCAAAAACAACAUAGGCUAUAUUGAAGUUUUGACAUGAUGCUCAUGAUUCUCAGUAGUGAGCGUCUUCUUCUUCUUCUUCUUUCAGCUGCUCCCUUUUUGUGUGCCACAGUAAAUCAUUGAUGUCCAUCUCAUUCUUUCCUGGUCUCACUCACACGCAAAACCUUCCUUUUCUCCAUCAUAUCAGCUUUACAAAUCAGAGCACUUUAUUUAGAAGUUAGAGUGUUAGCCAGCACUCUGUCAGCUUACAACACUAGAGUCAGUCAUUAUUAACCUGGGCAGAAAUUUCAUUCUUUAUGAUCUUCAUGAUACAACCCACACCAUUUAUCUGGGCUUGUAUAAAAAAUUUGAAUAAAGCAUAGGUGGAUGAUAUCCAACAACAAAUAAAACAGAUUUUUUGGUUUUCCAGUUAAUGUGAACAAAGCUAAGAGUGACGCUUUUAGAUGAAUUAUAACUGUCUAGGUCUUAUCGUUGAUUCAUAUGUGUUGUGGAAAUCUUAAAUAAAUUGAGGUGCAUGGAAA